AUGUCUCUUUCUGCUCAAAGUCACGUACCACCAUCUCCAUCGAGUGCCAACAAUGCAUUAGUCAAAUCAUCAUUCGCCACAUACGUACUAUCACUCUUGGCCUAUUUACUUUACUUACUUUGGUCAAUUCUACCAACUGAAUUCAUCGAGAAUCACCUUCACAUUCAUUGGUAUCCAUCUCAAGAAUGGGCUACUCUCAUUCCAGCUUGGCUCACUGUCACCUCUUGGAUAAUCUUUCUCACUUAUCUUGGUCGUAAUAUCAUGGUGACUCCACCUGUCGAUGGUCCUGAAGGCCUUAGAUCUCUUACAGACGAUUCAGCUAUCGUUCUUGAUCAUUUUAAAAUACCUUCUGUUCCUUUACAUCUUCCUCAUGAUCAAAAUUAUGAUCCACCAGUUCCAAUCCUUCGAGAAGUGCCAUGUCAGGUCGUCAACGAAUUCUACUUUAGAAAACUGGCUCACUGA